AUGGCAAAAGAAAACUUCUUGGACAUGCUUAAGAACAGAACGGACAUUGCCGCAUACACCGAGAGGCUGCAAGAAAAGCGAGAUGACCUACAGGAGAAACUGAUUGAAAUUUUGGCGCCUCUAAGAUCAGAGUUGGAGGAUCCUGCAUCGCUAGUUCGGCUAAAGGAAUUGGUUGCGGUUGCUGAGAGCGUCGCGGAGCCCGAAGAAGGGGCGCCUUCUGGAGGGGCGUCUGAGAUUGACUGUACAGACAUUGUGGAGCUGCACCGCCAGAUUGAUCAGGUUCGUUUGACAUUGACGUUAAAGCGCGGGGUUGCGAUGGUCAAGGAGAAGUUGGUACAUUUGUCGUCAAUCGAAGACGAAUAUGAGCAAGUACAAGUGCUUGGGGACACCGUCGGCAUCCACAAAGCUUUACUUGAGUACUCAGAUUCGGCUAAGGUGCCUUUGAUCCGUGAACUUCUACCUACAAUUCAAAUUCAAAUCACCACAGAAAGAAUUGCGGAAAACAUCGAGAUAAAACUAAGAUCAGCUUACCGGAUAGAAGUAGGGGAGGGCCCGGAGUCAUAUCUAUCGCUCUAUACCUCACCCAAUUUCGAACGUCUAUGCUGGGCACAUAUUGCUAUGCAAGGAAUUAUGCCUGCGCCUCUGCACACACGUGUGCGCCGGCCAAAAACGCGCGCAUCGAACCCUUUGAAUCAGCAAAAGAAGGCCCAGCAAGACAGAUCUGAACAGCAACAGGGGGGUGAACACCAACAGGGGGGUGAACACCAACAGAGGGGUGAGCAGCAAGGCGGGGUUGCGGAACAAAAGGACGAGGAACAAAAGCUGGACAUGAGUUCCUUUACGGACUUCGCUUUGUCAUUGAGGUUGACACUGUUUGAAAGGUUUGUUUCGGUUAUCCUGAGUCAGAGGUGUCCUAUUAAGUCGUUAUAUGAAGAGAACUUGGCACUCGGAAUCCAAGUCUUAACUGUGAGCUUCAUGAGGGGCGAGUACGGGGUCAUUAAAGGAGAAGAGUUGAUCCAGAUACUUAGCCAGUUGACUGACCCGCUUCCCACUUGUGUGGUGAGUGAAUGGGAGACUCAUCUUGAUGACGAACUGAAACAUGCAUUUAUCAACGUGUGGGCGCCCGUCUAUUUGGUUGAAGUGGAAUCUAUGAAUUGUUGUGCGAACGGCCUGAAAGAUGUUCUGCUACGUUGGGGAAUCGUAUUUGGAGGGACCCUGGUACAGCAUGUUAAAGCUUACCUAACCGAGAAGCAUCUGUUGUCUGUUACACGUUGUGACAUGUCGUCACUCGUGAUACCGAUGACAACCAACGAAUCUGAAUGGCAACGUACGACGCCACAGUAA